AUGUAUCAGGUACAGAAGCAGCCACAGUUGGACAAACAACCACAGAUUGUACCAUCGUUGGAAAUACAGCAACCUCAGUUGGACAGACAGCAACAGCAGUACGUGUUGCAGGCGAAGCAGAAGCAACAGAGAAUGCAACAGGCACAGUUGAAGUCACUCGCUCAGUUGAGCAGCAGUCAGCCCCCACUUCACCAUCAUCAUGGUCAAUCCAAUCAGCAGCAGCAACAACUACAAAGAUCUUUGCCAAGUGCUGCAGCGGCCGUAGCCGCUGAGAAGAAGAAGAAUAUAUUCGAUAUAUACAAGAGUAGCAAGCAGAAGAUUAUGAUAUCAUUCUAUAAUAUUUAUCGAAACUAUCCCUCAAGUCCACCCUCUUUCACAAGCUCACCUCUAUGGAUGAUGGGUCAAUGUUACAGCUCCCCAAGCCCUGUGCCUCCUUUGCAAUCUCGCACUCCUCAGCCACACAUUAGUAACACUGAUCAUCAGCAGCAGCAACAACAACAACAGCAACAGCUACCAGCCUGGCUAAGUACAUUCUUCCAACCAUCCAACAAUAAUCAGGCACAGCACAACCAGCAACAGCAGCAGCAGCAGCAACAACAACAUCAGUACAAGUGUAAUAAUAGCAACAACAACAACAAUAAUAACAACAGUCAUCAACUCACAACUACUUUUACAUCAAAGGAUGAUGUUGAUCGAUUUGUCGCCGACUUUAAGUCGAUACUAUGGAUAAGUUAUCGAAAGGACUUCCUACCCUUUGCCAACACGACCAUCACCACCGACAUUGGCUGGGGUUGCAUGGUCCGUACCGGUCAGAUGCUGCUGGCUAGGGCAUUGCUCAAGUACUUUUACAAGAAUGAGAGGAUACCUGAUGUGGACAAGAAUCGACAACAUACCAACUAUAGGAGAGUCAUGACGUGGUUCUAUGACAGCCCUUCGAAGGAGUCGCAAUACUCUAUUCAUCAAAUUGUAAAUAAGAACAAACUCAUCAUAAAGUACCACAACAGCAAGCUGAAAGACUUUGACAUCGAGUCCGACGACGACUGGAAGAACAUCGAGGAAUGGUUCUCGCCCACAAAGAUUGCCAUCGUCCUCAGACAUCUGGUCAAGUCACACAGCGCCAUCAAGCGAGACGUAACAAUGUACGUGCCAUCUGAUGGCGUGGUGUACAAGGAUCACGUUCGAAAGCUAUGCACUGCCACCGCCAGCCACAGCAACAACAAUUCAUAUGUCGAUACGAGCAGUGUGAUCAGUAGCUCAUUCAUUACGAGUGCUGGCGACUGGAGUGGCAUCAGUGGCGCAGACUCUGAGUUUGCCAUGGACACUGGCAGCCAGCACCUAUCGUCACAGGCCAUCCCUCAUCCGGUCUUGGCCAGCACGAUCGCCAGUCCCUCAUCGAUCAAGUCGAACAGCAGCAGUCUGAGCGGCGACGAGUCAUCGCACAUUGGCAAUCAUGGCAACCCGGCGCCCUUUAAGGACCCGCUGACGUGCCCCGACGAAUUUGAGCCACCACGCUGGAAGUCCAUCAUCAUACUCAUCCCCAUCAAGCUGGGCGUCGAGAAGCUCAAUGAAGUCUACUUCCAAGAGAUCAAGGCAAUGCUAGAGAUACCUCAGAGCAUUGGAAUCAUUGGUGGCAAGCCCAAACAAUCAUUCUAUUUCGUUGGUCAUCAAGACGACAGUCUAUUCUACCUCGAUCCUCACUUUGUUCAUGACACUGUCAAUCCCAAUGACAUUACCUUUGCUGAUACCUAUCACUGUUGUAUACCUCAGAAGAUGUCGAUAUCUCAGUUAGAUCCAUCGAUGGCCAUUGGAUUCUUUUGUCGAACAGAAGCUGACUUUGAAGAUUUCUGCAAGAGGAUACGCGAUGUCGAGAAGAGUGGCUUCCCGAUCGUGUCGAUCGGUGACACCAGUCCAGACUACCAGGUGGAGAGCGAUGAUGUCGAUCUCAACGACUUUGAGGAGGAGUUGGAGCACUCGUUCAUCAACAACCUUCACGACCAAAUGUCAGAGUUUGUCGGCGGUGGCAGCAGCAAUGUAGUCAGUGGUGGUGCCAACAACAACAGCAACAGCAACAGCAGUAGUAACAAUACGACAGAUGAUGAAGAUGGCAUAGAUGGAUUCACAGUUGUCAACUGA